AGUAACAAUCUGGGACUGUGGGCUGAGCUGUUAAAGGAGGGACUGUCCUGCAAAAAUAGGGACAGUUGGGAGGCCUGGACUACAUUCAUUAAAAUGAGCAGAGCUUUGCAAGCUUUCCGGGAACUGCUCUGACUGUCCUGCAGCCUCAGUCUUCAGAUUGGUAACUUCCUGUGCUCAUUGCUGCUUGAUCUUCUUCGUUUGAGAGUGCUAAACUUAAAGACGGAAUGUACCUCCUGAAGUGAAACUGUCAGCCUUUUACUUCUCCACACAUCAUGAACAUAUUGGCAGGGAGAGAGUAAUGUUACACAAAAGUAGAUACUCUUAUUUUCUGAAUGUGAAAACAAUAGAGGGUUUGCCUCCAUUGAAUGAGUGACAUCCAUAGACCUGUAAGAAUACGUGAUACAUAAAGGUAAAGAUGAAAUAACAUGAAGACUGGAUUGAAGCAACGGAUUGGUUCUGCUCCGGAACAGUGAAGUUUUUCACACAGGCACUUGCUAUUUCAAAGCAUAGACUGACGAAUCCCUAGAGAAAAUGACAGGGCUGGAGUUUAAGAAUGCCUUCUGGUGCACCGACCUCACACUGAAUACAGGAUAUGAAAUCAUUCUACAACGAAUGCUUGAUGGAAGGAAGAUGUGCAAAGAUGUGGAGGAUCUUCUGAAGCAAAGAGCACAAGCAGAAGAGAAGUAUGGGAAAGAAUUAGUUCAAAUUGCAAAGAAAGCGGGAGGGCAAACUGAGAUCAACAAAUUACAGGAGUCUUUUGAAACACUGAAAAACCAGAUUGAAAAUAUAGGUAAUUCACACAUCCAGCUGGCAGUGACACUCAGAGAAGAAAUACAGAGUUUAGAGGAGUUCAGAGAACGACAGAAAGAAGUAAGAAAAAAGUAUGAGAAUGCAAUGGAACGCCUGCAAAAGAAUAAAGUGUCCUUGUACAAGAAAACAAUGGAUUCAAAAAAGAGCUAUGAGCAGAGGUGCCGAGAAGCAGAGGACGCUGAGCAGAACUAUGAACGGCUGGUAGCUUUAGGAAACCCAAAGCAAAUAGAAAAGAGCCAGAACAAAGCAAAGCACUGUAAGGAUGCAGCAGAAGAAGCAGAUCGGCUAUAUAAGAACAAUAUAGAACUUCUGGAAAAAGCUCGCAUUGAGUGGGAGACAGAGCACAGUAACACAUGCGAGGCAUUUCAACUGCAAGAGACAGAUAGAAUCAGCAUUCUGCGCAAUUCCCUCUGGGUUCAGUGCAACCACUUCUCAAGCCAGUGUGUGCGUGAUGACGAGAUGAUGGAGGAGGUCAGACAGACCCUUGAGCAAUGCGACGUGACUACCGAAAUUGAUUUUUUCAUACAGAGUAAAACUACAGGAAAAGUUCCACCAGCACCUGUGCUCUAUGAGGGUUACUGCAAUGGUUUUCUUCCUGAGAGUAGUAUCGGCCCCAAUAUGCAAGGAGGAAGUAACAAGAUGAUGAAAAGGAUCUCAAAUUUGCUUUCUGGCUGUGGAGGAAGUACCAAAAACUUGACAGAAUUUCAAGCAGGCUUCAACACCCCAGCAGCGAAAGAAGAAACAGUCUAUGCCAGUAUACCUACAGCUCAUGUUGCACAAGCAGAAGUGGAAGACUACAGUGUUCUUUAUGAUUACAGUGCUCAGAACUCAGAUGAGCUGGAUAUCACAGCCGGAGAUGUAGUUAGGGUGCUCGAGGAGGGAGACGAUGGCUGGUGGACUGUGGAGAGAAAUGGAAAAAUAGGACUGGUGCCUGGGUCAUACCUUGGGAAGCUCUGAGUAACAGUAACUGAGAACAUUUCAGAAUGGCAAUUUGCUCUAUACAAUCCAACAAAGAAGUCACAAAAAGAACAUUUCUGUCUCCAACUAUAGUGGGUACAGUGAGUCUGUACCCCUAAAUGCUGCACAAAAACGUGCCAGCUCCAAUAAGUAAGGAGAAUUGAGUGGAGAGAAAAGCUUCCUGGACACAUUAACCUAAUUGUGUAACACCAAGGGUAUGCAAUGAACAACUCUCACUUAAACUGCUUUUAUGUUUUAGUUUUCUAUAGGAAAUGUUGUCCUGUUCUCAUCUCUGCAAAGGUAUAUGGGUAUCAAUAUAUUGUAUAUGAUUAAAUAAACAUCUGAUUUAUGUUUGUUAUAUAGUUAGAUUUACAUUUUACAUAAUAAAACAAAAUAUCAAAUGAACGUACACCACUGCUUCAAGGCUAUUAACCGCAGUUCACAUGUUGACAAACACCAGCGCACAGGCCUUAAUAUUACUAGGGAUCUUACACACAAGCGUUUCUUGCUAUUCCGUGGUUCCACCUAACUGGAAGGCAUAAGUUAACAGAGCCCAGUUACAACAAGUGUUCUCUGUGGUCCCACCGCAAAUGUUAACUCUAUGCACUUAUACAUUAAAGUCCAUAGUAACUAGAAAAUUAUUUUAGAACCCAUAAUCACUUACAAAUUUUGCUUUUAAAGGAACAGUUCAGUGUAAAAAUGAAACUGGGUAAAAUAGAUUGUACAAAAUAAAAAAU